AUGUUGCAAUCUAGGUUAGGUUUGAUGUCUUCCAAGACCAUAUUGAAUAGAACAUCGAGGUUGUUCUUAAGCACCGAGACGAGACAAGCAAUCAAGUCAGCAGUUUCCUCGGCACCCGUGGUCUUGUUUAUGAAGGGGACACCUGAUGCCCCUAAAUGUGGAUUUUCUAGAGCAACGGUAGCAUUGCUUGGUUACGAGGGAUUAAAUCCAAGUAAAUUCAAAGCAUUUAAUAUCCUCGAUGACGUUGAAUUAAGAGAUGGUAUCAAAGAAUAUACAGAUUGGCCAACGAUUCCACAAUUAUUUGUUAAUGGUGAAUUCAUUGGGGGUUGUGAUGUCAUUGUGAGCAUGUCCAAAAAUGGUGAUUUGAAUAGUGUCUUUGAAGAAGCUGAUGUUCUUCUUCCUGAAGAAGAAAGGGAGUAA